AUGGCGGCCGCCUCCCGACCGUUCGAUUAUCUGGAGAGCCUCCCCGGAACGGUCUUCUUCAAGCUCUAUCAGCAGCCAUCCACCGCUCUUGCUAUCUUCAGGCGCAUGCUGCCUGACCUGGCAAAAUGCUUCGUGAUGGCGCUCCUCUAUCUGAAGGACCCGCUUCCUGCGGCGGACUUGGAGAUCUGGGUCAAAUCCAAGAGUUUGAGAGAGCGGGAUAGUGCGCUCUCAAUACUAGGAAGAUUGCAUAUCCUCUCAAAUACAACCACCGCUGGGAACGUCCGCGCUUAUAUGGUGACCGAUCCGUUCGCCGCUUCUCUCAGACAAGCUCUCACAGGUGCCGAACGAACUCAGUCCUUCGGUGUGCUCCACCAGAUACCAGACGAUCAGACUGUUCCUAUUGGCGAUCUUGAUGAUUAUGCGCGGCGACAGUGGGAGGGUGUUCUCGGUUACAUGGUCGGGACCAGUGGUCUAGGGAUACAACGCGAUGUGAACCUGAGCAAAGGCGUGAAACAGCUUUUGCAGGCUGGACAUUUGGUAGAGAUCCGUGACCGCCGCGUUGAAAUUACGCAGGACGGGUUCGCAUUUGUCCUUCAGGAUGUGGGCACGCAGGUUUGGCAUAUCUUGAUUCUCUACGUUCACAGCGCAGAGGCUAUUGGGAUGGAUAGCGUUGAAGUGCUUUCCUUCAUAUUCCUCCUCAGCAGUUUGGAACUGGGCAAAUCCUACGAAAAGAAACAUUUGACAUCGAACCAACUCCGCACACUGACCGACUUGGCCGACUUUGGUAUCGUAUACCAGGACUCUCCCGAAGCGAGCCAUUUCUAUCCCACCCGCCUGGCAACUACCCUAACGUCUGAUUCGAGCGCUCUCAGCAAUCCCAUUUCUGGCGCAAGCUCCGAUUCCGAAGGUGGGAAUACUAACCAACCUGGCUCCGGCUUCAUCAUCAUUGAGACGAACUAUCGACUCUACGCAUACACUUCCUCGCCGCUUCAAAUCUCUCUUAUUGCACUAUUUACGACAUUAAAAUACCGGUUUCCUAACUUGAUUACGGGUAAGGUGACUCGGCAGUCUAUCCGCCGCGCGAUUGAGAUGGGUAUCACAGCCGACCAAAUCAUCUCGUAUCUUGCUACCCACGCACACCCGCAAAUGCGAAGACACAAUGUGGCCAGGUCCACAUCCAACCAGGCUGGAAUCCCGCCCUCGGUUCUUCCACCAACAGUCGUUGAUCAGAUCCGUCUUUGGCAGCUGGAGCGUGACCGUGUUAAAGCUACGGCUGGCUUUCUUUUCAAAGAUUUCGUAAGCCUUGCCGAGUACGAGGCUCCAUGUCGGUAUGCUGAAGAAAUCGGCGUCUUGAUAUGGAAGUCGGAUCGCAAAAGAAUGUUCUUCGUGACGCGACAUGAACAGGUCGCAGCUUUCCUACGAAGCAGGAAAUAG